AUGCGUCUGUCCUGCCUUUAUCUAGUAGUCGCUACUGUGACCACUAUCAUCGCAAGCGCUAAUGCUGCAGCCGAAGCCUCCGAGCCCAUGCCCAAUAUCGCGAAGUAUGCAUCACCAGAAGUUUCAGUUCACCUUGGUGCUGAGCGCGAGAAGAGGCUUUUGCGCUUCGACAGCAACGAUUAUCGCGACGACGACGAUGAAGAGGAAAGGGCGAAUGCUGCCAACCUCUUCAACGUCGACAAGCUAACGGUGUAUGUAAACAAAGCCCAGAAGCGAACUGCUAACAAUGUGAGUGGAAGCCUCUUGAAUUAUUUUAAGAGAUUGGAAGCAUACGGCUACAGCCCUGUCAAACUCGGUAACAGAAUUCCUGACGAGGAGUACGACAAUCUCCGUAUGCUGUACCGCAGCUGGUACUACCACAACAAGUAA